CAGUGACACCGUGUAAUUAAUCAAAACAAACAAAUUUGAGGUCCCUCGGUUCGCAUAGCUUCGUAGUUAAACCGGCUUCAUUAAAAUAGGAUUUACGGUGGUUGGAUAGUGGAUUUUGAUCCUUGAUUUGAUUAAAAUGACUAAGCUGAUGGAGUGGUUAGCGGCGGCCGCCGCGUUCUUUGGAGUGUACUUUGCCAUCGUGUGUCGUCAGGUGCAGCAUCAGGUUUUCGACCAGUAUAUGUUCGAGAUUCAACUCUCUCCGCUGAUUCUGUUGGUGAUUUUUGGACUUUACUCUGCCACCGUUGUAUUGUACCGAACGUUUACCUUCAACAAUUGUGAGGAAGCAGCUAAGGAACUUCUGGAACAGAUCAAGGAAGCGAAGAAGGAUUUGCGGAGUAAAGGAAUGGUACUCAGUGAUUAAUUUUAAGAGAUAGUUGAGUAAUUUAUAAAAGUAAAUCAUAUGUCAAUCAUCAAAUUAAUAGCAUUUAUAUUGUUUUAAUAAUUGA